UUCAUUUAUUAAGUUUUUAGUUUACGUAUUUAUUUCGUUAGGAUUAUUUCAUAUUUUUGUGUGUAGCAUUUGUCCUCAUUGUUGAGAUGGCCAACAUCGUGAAUGAACUACCUGAAUUUACGGCUUCUGCAGAAACUGACAUUGUAAAUAGUUACACAUGCACAUUGUGCGGAAAGACUUUUAAAGAGUUUCGUUAUUUAAAAGUGCAUACAAAUAAUUUUCAUCCAGAUCAUGUGAACGAAUUAGUGAAUCCAAAGAAGUUGCAGAAAGUGUUUAAUUUUCCUUGUCAUUUAUGUUCCAGGAAAUUCAAUCAAAAUCGCCGGCUACGUUAUCAUCUCCAGAAUGACCAUGGUGAAAUAAUUGAAACACCUGAUAAUUCGAACAUUUUGAACUGUGGUCUGUGUGAUGCUAGUUAUUCCAAAAAACUUCUGCUGGAACAUUUUAACAGCGUUCAUGAAUUAACAAUACAAGAAGAAAUACUGACAUUUUCUUCAGUAGACUUGUUUAUAGCAUGGAAAGAAGAGACUGAACAAAAGACAUAUGCUAAAUUUGUUAAAACUACCAGAGGUCCUGAUUCAAGGUAUGCAGGACAAGUCAAACUGUAUUUUUCUUGUCACCGCUCUGGAAUAUAUACACCCAAAGGUAAUGGAAUUAGACAUCUUAAGACCCAGGGUAGCAGCAAAAUAAAUGCUUACUGCCCAGCAGGAAUGAAGGUCAUUCAAAAAGAAAAUGGUGAAUGUACUGUAAAAUUCACAAAAACACAUGUGAACUUGGUCAAUUCUGUGUUUAAUGGAACUCCAUUUGCUUUGCACCUGUUUCGGUAA